GAAGUAUGAAAACCGGAAAAAGGUUUUCCCACAUCGGUGUCGCUGCCAAUUUCUUCAUAAACAUCACCGGAGUUUUCUCCACCUCCGGCAGUCACUUUUUCCCGCCUCACCACUCUCUCCGUCCCUCACUGACGGCGAUUGAAUUGCGUAUUUUUCGUCUCUAGGGUUUAAUUCCAAUCAAUUCGCUCCCACCUGUUCGUGAAGCAACAAAAUUGGAAAUGGAGACUCGUAUUGACUUUGUGCGAUGGCUUGAUAUUGAUGUUGUACUCAAAAUCCUUAUGUGUCUGAAUGAUCCAGCUGAUCUCAUCCGUGCAUCAGCUGUGUCUCAAUACUGGCAAAAGUUUGUGAUUUCUUAUGGACUUUGCAAGCAACUCUGCACAAAAACUUUUCCCCAGCUCGCCAGCAUCACUCACGUAACAGAACCAAGUGACAACUCUGACGAUCCUUCUGGCGGCACUUCUGAAGACAGUAUUUUUCGGAGAGAACACAGGGCAUACGCUUCACUAUUUCAAGCCGUGGCCUCAUUUCCGGCGAGGUUUUGCAUCGCUUCUCCAGUAAGCGCCUCCAGCACUGAUAAUUACCCUGAAGAAAGCAUCGUGAACACUCUAGAUUCUAGGGACCAAAUUCUAGUCAGAGCCUCUUACUGGUCGAGUAAAGGGCACGACGAUCCAGAAUUGCCAGAAACUCUGAUAUACAAAUUGAAUGCUAAUUUUUGCGUUAUUACAGAGAUUAAUAUUACACCUUUUGAAGCCUUGUUCCAAGUGGGGUCUCCAAUCUACUCAUCAAGAUUUGUGCGAUUCCGAAUGGGUCAUCCUAAGUCUUCUUCUGAUAUAGAUCGUGAUUUCUUGGAUUCACAAGAAGACGCGAAUGAUAAAUUUGUUUGGACGUACACUUCUCAAACUUUCCCAAUGGCUCAGGAAAAUCGCGUACAAUGGUUCAAGUUGCCCGAGCCUGUACUAUGUAUCGGUGGAUUCUUGCAAAUUGAGUUGUUGGGUCGGGUCCAGAAACAACGAUCAGAUGCCAAAUACUAUAUAUGUGUGGCUCACGUCCAAGCUAUAGGAUGCCAACUAUCACCUGCGUUUAGUGUUGAUAUUUCCGAACCAUCCAACACUAUAUCUCUUGAAUACAAUUCCAAAGAAUUCAUGCGCAUUUCGCAAGAUCCUUCCGCACUCGGUACUAAUCUGCUUCCGGUUCAACCUCCUCGAGGAUUCAUUUGGGAAAACUUGCAGGAGUUCGUGGAUAUGAUUCAGCUGCAGCAAAACGUAAUGGAGUUCGCGUGGAUUAAUGACGACUUUGAGAUGGAUGAGUUCGAUCCGGUAGCGCUUAUGAUGUAGGUAAGCUUUCGUAGAUAUAUGUGUUUCUACAAUCUACAUGGAUGUUUUCUGCUCGUUUUCUUCGUGUAUGGAACGGGAUGGUGUUUUUCGAGCAAAAUAGUUGUUGUGUUUGAUCCGAAGUGAAAUUGAAGCGAAAACAAAACUCGUGUUGUUCAAGUUUUUAUAAAUUAUAAUAAUACAAGUUUUAUGGAA